CCCGGCGCUGUUGGCCUUGCUGGUCAGCGAUGGAGACGUUCUCUGAGAUCUUUGCUGCCCAACAGAUCCUUCUCCAUGCUUAUACCGUCUGCCUCAGCUUCACGAUAUUAUGCUAUGACCAUCUCAUGACCUUCGCUGAAGAGAUCGCGUACAUCUGGCGACGCCCCUUCACGACGUCGUCCAUCCUAUUCUUCCUCAACCGCUACGUUGGUCUGUUCGGCAAUGCAGCUGCUUUGGCUGCUCUCUUUGUGUCCGCAACCUCGAGCUGUCAACAGUGGAAAUUGUACCACCAACUCCUGCUCGUCACAAACCAGGUGAUCGUAUGCGGCAUCCUGACCGUACGGACGUACGCGCUGUACAAUCGGGAUAAGUAUGUGCUGGCGUUCAUGCUCACCAGCGCCUCGUUACUCGCGGGAGCAGCUGGGUGGAGCCUGACAGGCCAGCAAUCCACAAGCUAUACGCUUCUGCCGGGCUGUAAUGAGUCAGACACUUUCAUGACUGGCGUUCACAUUGCGACAGCAUGGGAAGCACUCUUUGUUUACGACUCGGCCGUUUUCAUUCUUACGAUGGUCCGGAUGAUCCGCACGGGUUUUUUUCGGAACUUUACUAACCGACGACGCGUGCGGGAUAUUCUCUUCCUGGUCUGGAGAGAUGGAGCUAUCUACUAUCUUGUGAUGGUUAGCGUCAAUGCGUCAAAUAUCCUCACCUUCUACCUCGCAAGUUCAUUGAACAGAGGCUUUCUUUCGACGUUCGCCAGCUGUGUAUCGAUUUGCAUGAUCUCAAGGCUCAUGCUCAACCUCCACCAAUCCGCCGAUGUGGGCAUUCUCUCUACCAUGUCUCCCGGAGAACGACGGCGUUUCCUCCAUCGCCGCCGCCCGUCAAAGUCGGGUGCAUUCCCGGACGGCGGUGCGGAAAUAGAGGAAGCGACAACUGCUUUCGGUGGAGGGGUGGAGCUUACGACCCAGUUCUGCUUCGAUGAGGAAGGGGCAUCGGUCGAUUACGAGCAGGAGCUGGAGCUGAGGGAGCUAGAACGUCAAAGAGAUAUAGAUGGGGAUAUUGGGAAGGAGAGUGAGAUCGAGACGGUCGUAGAUGAAUAUGGAAGCAUCAAGGAAGUGCGUCGGUCAGCAAGUACUAGUGUGUGGAGAUAGGAAAAUUCUCGAGCGCAGGCGCGAUAGGAGGCAUUUCAUUCCGCUGACUCUUGAGAGUAGUUGUUUUAGCUAGCCUUAUCAAAAGUAGUUCACGUAUCUUGCCAUGUAUCUAUAUAAGCAUUUACGCGUGGCGUUGUGUAUUAUUCUCCACAUGGACUAAGAAUUGCACCUAUC